GAAGUUUCCCGCUGCAAACAGAGACGGGACAAAGCCGAUGCUCAACAAAUCCCGCGGCUGCUGGACGAUGCGUUUGACACAACAAAAGGACAGCACCAUCACCACAAGCACCACCAGCAACUCACUUUGUGCGUCUUUAAGUUAAGCCAAAAUGCAGAUGUUGGUGUUGGUGUGGACGUUGGUGCUGGUUGGCCCGAGGGCAUCCCGGGGCGCAGAGUGUCCGGCGAGGUGCGACGUGAGCGCCUGCCCGAGCCCCAGCUGCCCUGAUGGCUAUGUCCCGGACCGCUGCAACUGCUGCUUGGUGUGCGCCGCGGCCGAGGGCGAGCCGUGCGGCGGCCGGGACGGCCCGCCCUGCGGGGACGGCCUGGAGUGCCGACGUCCAGACGCCGGGUUCUGGCUGUCCCUCUCGACACGGGGUUUAUGCCGCUGCAAGCUGAGUCGGGAGGUGUGCGGCAGCGACGGGAAGACAUACGGCAAUUUGUGCCAGCUGAAGGCUGCCGGCAGGAGGGCAAGGCAGCGGGGGCUCCAGCCCAUCAGCCAGGCUCCACCUGGAGCAUGUCACACGAGUGCAGGUACUCCCGUUACGGUCAGAACAGCAAGCGCUAUCAGUCCUCGAUACAAGUUCAACUUCAUUGCCGACGUGGUGGAGAAGAUCGCCCCGGCUGUGGUCCACAUAGAACUGUUCCUCAGGCAUCCCCUCUUCGGCCGCAAUAUCCCUCUGUCGAGCGGCUCGGGCUUUGUCAUUUCUCAGCACGGGCUGAUUGUGACCAACGCUCACGUGGUCUCCAGCAACUCGCCUGUGUCGGCUCGCCAGCAUCUGAAGGUCCAGAUGCAUAACGGCGACGUUUAUGAUGCAAGCAUCAGAGACAUCGACAAGAAGUUAGACAUUGCCACCAUCAAAAUUAACCCUCAGAGCGAGCUCCCCGUCCUGCUUCUGGGUCACAGUGCCGACUUGAGGGCCGGAGAGUUUGUGGUGGCCAUCGGCAGCCCCUUCGCCCUCCAAAACACGGUCACCACCGGCAUCGUCAGCACGGCCCAGAGGGACGGCAAGGAGUUGGGCCUCAGGGACUCGGACAUGGACUACGUCCAGACGGACGCCAUCAUCAACGUGAGAGCCCGCUGGCGUUCGGGUACGCCGAGGGAACGCCUCACCUUUCUUCUUUUGUCUUCUACUUCACAGUUUGGCAAUUCGGGAGGGCCUCUGGUCAAUUUGGACGGCGAGGUGAUCGGCAUCAAUACCCUGAAGGUCGCUGCGGGAAUCUCCUUCGCCAUCCCUUCAGACAGGAUCACUCGCUUUCUCAACGACUCCUUGGACAAGCACGGUAAAGGUGAGACAUCAAACGCGCCUCUUCCCCCUCGUCCGUCUCCUUCAGACAUCAGGCCGAUCAAGAAGCGCUUCAUCGGCAUCAGGAUGCUCACGAUCACGCCGGCGCUCGUCGAGGAAUUACGACAGCAGAAGCCGGACUUCCCCGACGUUCCUGGCGGCGGCAUCUACGUCCACGAGGUGGUUCCCCACUCCCCGGCGCAGAAAGGCGGCAUCAGAGACGGCGACAUCAUCGUCAAACUGAACGGUCGGCCUGUGGUGAGCACGGCUCAGCUGCAGAGGGCGCUGCGGGAGGAGACGGCCCUCCUGCUGGAAGUCAGGAGGGACAAUGACGAUCUGCUCUUCAACAUUGAACCGGAUGUCAUCGUGCAGUACACCACAGAGCAGCUUGAAGGUGAUGAAGGAGCCUCUUCCUAGUUCGGACGGCGUUGAGGAAAAAAGCCAGCCCAGGCCUUCAUCUUCAGCCCCGGCUGGAAAAAAAAAAGGAACAGAGUGAUGUGGAGAGACGGACGUCCCUGCACGUGCUUAAUGCGGCUCGUUCGGAUUCCCGGCAUCACAUUUGAAAGUUGACAUGCCAACAAAAUAACAAACCUCUGUAAUAUCCCCAAAAUGCACGUUGUUCAUUUGAAGAAAACCACUCUAGUAGACGUUGGGGUGCGUGUGGGGGGCCGGGGGGUCAGUGUGAGACAUCCUUGAUUUGAAGCGGCAGUUCAAGUGUCAAUAAAUCCAUUGGCCUUUA